AUGCUGCCGGGUUGCCCACCUCCACCGCCGACGGCUGCGUACAGCGCUCAGCCAUCAGUCGCCAGCGGUGGCUCCAUCGCGGGCUACGCCGCUUCAGUGUCCGCUCUGGAGCAGCGCCGCCGGAUGGCAGGGCUUGAUGCUGCUAGGCGGCUCAACCGCGGGGCGCAGUGGCGCAACGAGCUACUCGGCCCACCCGCAGUUGCCGAAAGGAGCCUCAGCGCUGCUCCGUCCUCUGCACAACCGAAGAGUGCGUCCCCCACCUCCGCCGACGCGGGCAAGUUCGGCAACUCCAUCGCUGCAGCACUGAGCCUACGCCGAGAAGAGAGAGAAAAGACGUUGCUGAAGCGCCUGCAGCAGCAGCGCAAAGCAGAGGAGGAGGGCAGCGGCAGUCGGGCAUUAGCGGAGAAGGACAUGGAAGUUGGCGUCUUUGUGACAGCUUCCUACAAGGCACUGCUGCAGCGCAACCUUCACCCAACAGAGAAAGCCAGCGGUGGUCAGGGUGCUCAGCCCUCCAAGAACGCUGAUGGUGCUGACGAUGAAGGUAGCAGCGACGACGAAGGCCCGCUCGCGGCGUACUUGCGGCAGCUCGAGAGCACACGCCAAUCUGCCACCGUCGCGAGUGAAGCGUCGCCCGCUGUGAGUGGGGUAGCCACCGGCGAUCACUACGAGCGCAUCAUGAAAGCGCCACUGCUGGAUGAAAAAAACGCGUCAGGGACAGCCGUUGCGAUGGCGGGGUCGGUCGGCGACGCUGGCUGUUUGGCAGAGGCAACACCAAAAGUAAUUCCUUCAGCGGGGGGCAGCGACGCCGCUUCACUUGCUGCGCCGACGCUCAAUGAAUUGCAAGAUCUCAUGGAACACACAUCUGCAGGUCCGUCGCCGACGCCAGGAUCUCUGGGUGCGCCGCAGACUGAGACGGAGGAGAUCGGCACUGCGAAGCCUGCUGGUGCUGCUGCUGAAACGGAAGCCGCCAACGUGCACAGCGCCGUGCUGGCGCACGCGCAACUGCUGUUCGACACGCGCCAAGCAAAGGGCCGCCGCGGCGCGAAUCCCACCACCCUCGUCGCCGCCGCGCGUCGCUGUGAUGAGCGCAUCGGCGCCUCUCUCUUCGCCUCGUUGUCGUAG